GGCCGCGAUGGACCUAGCCGCGACUUUAGCCGAGAUGGCCCCAGCCGUGAUUUUGGCCGCGAUGGACCAAGCCGCGAUUUCGGUGGACGCGACGGCCCAAGCCGAUAUGGAGAUCGUGAAGGUGGUGCUCCCCGUCGAUUCAGUGACCGCAACAGCGGUGUCGACGAUGCAGCCCGUCGGUUUGGUUUCGGUGAUCGCCGAGACGAUGGACCUUCUCGCCGCGAUGGUUCGUUCCGUCGGGACGGACCUCCGGCACGUGCCCCUGAGGGUGGCCGGUGGUAACCACACCACUUUCUUGCAUCCUCCUCCCAUAUUUAAUAGAUCAAUGUGAUGUUAAAUAUGUCCA